AUGUUCAUCAAAAUCACCAGUAAGCCUACGGUGUUUUACAAGGUAGCCAACUUGAAUCCCAAGGAUUCAUACACUCUGAAGGAUUAUGUAUUUAAAUACAUUCAAAAAGACUGCCCUGGAUACAAUGAAGUUGAUAAAAAGUCAUUGGAAUUAAUACUUUCUAGAAGAGUAAAUUCAUCUCAGAAUACCACCAGCACCAGUCAUUUGGAAUCUCCUUUAACUUCUAAUAAAGAUGCUGCAUCGGCUUCUCCUUCCCAGAAAUGCCUCUUGGAUUCUGUCUUCAUCGACCCCCUGAUGAACAAGAAACUGAGGAUCUCUCACCUCACCUCACCAGCUGUCCAGCUGUCCCUUGACACCCAACCACCUGCCCCCCGGAAGAAGGCAGCCCCAGCCCUACCACCAGCCGCUGCAGCAGCCGCCCCGCUGCCCCUGCCCACCGCAUGCCCGCCUGCCCCCAACCCACCCCGGACCGCCAGCUCCAGCUCCCCCAGCACCCCCGAGGGGCGCAGGACCCAAGAUCUGCCCGUAGACAGCAUCACCCAAAACAGCAGUAGCAUCUUUGAGGACCAGCAAGAAAAAUAUACCUCUCGGACUCCCUUGGGAUCCCCAGCACCCACUGACGGUCUGUUGGAGCAUCAUAGUGCUGGCAGGCAAGACGGCACAGUGUUGUACAAAAAAUCCAAGAAGAAGGCCAAAAAGCAUAAGGAGAAGGACCAAAUCAAAAAGCAGGACACUAGGAGUGCAGGUGAAAAGGAGAAGGGCCUUAGAAAAGAAGAAACUGCCAAGCUGAAAAACCCCUCCAGUGUGGAGUCAGGUGAAGGAGUUAAAGAAAAUUUCACUGCCUCCACAGGUCCUCCUUCAUUGACAAGUGAACUACCAGCCUAUUCCAUAAAAUACAUAGCUAUAGUCUCAUAUGAGCAACGCCAGAGUUACAAGGAUGACUUCAGUGCCAAGUAUGAUGAAUACAGGAAUUUGCAUGCUCAAAUGGAGAAUAUCACCAGGAGAUUCAUGAAGCUUGAUGCACAAAGGAAACAGCUUUCUCCAGGGUCCAAGGACUAUCAGAUCCUUCACGAGGAAGUCCUGGAAGAGUAUUGAAAGAUACAA